UAGUAACAACAAUAUACAAUUGAUCUACAGUAUAAACAUUUAGAUAAAUUUCAAAACACCACUUCGUUCAAUCGUUCAUCCCAAUCGAUCAGCAAUAUGACACCAAAAACUUUAAAAAUCGCAGUCGUACCCGGCGAUGGCAUCGGUAUCGAAGUUAUGCCUUACGGCGUGCGCUGCUUACAAGCCGCAGCCAAAGUCUUCGAUUUGUCGCUGGAAUUUGAGCACUUUGAUUUCGCCAGCUGCGACUACUAUAAGAAACACGGCGACAUGCUACCGUCUGACUGGAAGGAGACGCUCAGCAAGUUCGAUGCCAUCUACUUCGGCGCCGUCGGCAUGCCAGAUCAAGUUCCCGACCACAUCUCACUGUGGGGCAGUCUGCUCAAGUUCCGGCGGGAGUUCGACCAAUACAUCAACCUCCGGCCCUGCCGGCUCAUGCCGGGUGUGAAGUGUCCACUUGCUGGUAGGAAGCCUGGGGAUAUCGACUUUUGGGUUGUGAGAGAAAACACCGAAGGCGAGUACAGCAGCAUCGGAGGCAGGAUUUUCGAGGGUACGGAACGAGAGACAGUCAUUCAAGAGACCGUGAUGACGAGGACUGGUGUUGAUCGCGUUUUGCGCUAUGCCUUCGAUCUUGCGCAAAGCCGGCCAAGGAAGAAGCUUACCAGCGCGACAAAGAGCAACGGCAUCAGCAUUACAAUGCCCUACUGGGAUGAGAGGGUGAAGGAAAUGUCUGGCAGCUACCAAGAUGUUGACGUGGAGAAGUACCACAUCGAUAUUUUGACGGCACACUUCGUCCAGCGACCUCAGAUUUUCGACGUCGUAGUCGGUAGCAAUCUGUUUGGCGAUAUUCUGUCGGAUUUGGGUCCGGCUUGUACUGGCACAAUCGGCAUCGCACCAUCCGGCAACCUGAACCCAGAGGGCAAGUUCCCAAGUCUUUUCGAGCCUGUGCAUGGAAGCGCACCCGAUAUCUUUGGCAAGGGUAUUUCAAACCCUAUCGGCAUGAUCUGGGCUGGCCAGAUGAUGCUCGAGCAUUUCGGCUACAAAGACGCAGCUGCGGCUAUGCUAAAGUCAAUCGAGAAUGUGCUUGCUAAGUCUGAAGAGAGCGUCUUGACUGCUGACAUGGGUGGACACGGCAAUACGAAAAGCUUGGGCGAAGCGAUUGAGCAGGAGAUAUUGGCGUCAAAUAAUAAUUAGUUAGCAACGUGACAGCUAGGAAGCAUUCCAAAAUCCCUUUUUGGCUUUCAUAUUAUCUUCAAGCAAUUCUCGGAACCGGCAAGUCUAAACCACUACGUACUUUGACGGCAUUGCGCAAGUAUCUGCUCUGUUCCGAGGCAUGUCUAAUACCUAGAGCAAUAUAGUGCCCAGCUACGAUGUACACACGAGCGUUACUUACGUGGCCAGUCUGCCUAUGUGUGCGCUUGGGUUCUCCCCUGGUCAGGAACCGCGAGUCUCGUACGAUACGCCUGCACCUGGUGAAAUUAGAGCUGCUGUAGUCUAGCUCCUUGAUGCAUCCAAGUAUCGGGCCGGAGUGAAAGAAGGAAGGCCAUCAACAGAAGAACCAGGGGAGGUCAGUGUUAGUAAUCUCAUACUUAAUGAAC